AUGGGCUGCCACGGCCGGCUGCUGCUGUGGCUUGGAGCCGCCGGCGCUAUUCUCCGCUCCAGCUUGGGAUCCCAGGUUCGUUUUGUGCCAUCCUCAACCCUGGAGCUGCCAGCUCCAAGUACCCGGAACCCGGACGUCCCCGCCCCGCCUAGCGGCUCGGAGCCAGCCUCUCCGCUCGGUCCCCCAGACACCGAGGGGCCCUGGCGGUUCUCCACCUGCGGGGCCAGCGGCCGGCGCGGGCCCACACAAAAACAGUGCGAUGACGCGUACGCGGGAAGCAGCGUGGCGGUGACAGUAGGGGCCACCGGGCGGCUGAGAGGCGUGCAGUUGUGGCGAGUGCCGGCCCCCGGCCAGUACCUGAUCUCAGCCUACGGAGCUGCGGGCGGCACAGGCGCCAAGAACCACCUGUCGCGGGCGCAUGGCGUCUUCGUCUCGGCAAUCUUCUCCCUCGGUCGCCGGGAGCCGCUUUACGUCCUCGUGGGGCAUCAGGGAGAGGACGCCUGUCCCGGCGGGAGCCUGGAGAGCCAGCUCGUCUGCCUCGGAGAGUCUCGCGCGGCUGAAGAGCACGCGGCAACCAAUAGGACUGAAGGGGCCCGGGGGUCGCGGAGCUGGGUAGGGGGCGGCGGGGGUGGCGGGGGCGCCACCUACAUCUUCCGGUUGCGUGCCGGCGAGCUGGAGCCGCUGAUGGUGGCGGCCGGAGGUGGCGGUCGGUCCUACCUGAGGCGGCGGGACAGUGGCGAGUCUCAGGCCGCCCCCGAGAAACUGGAGACCCGCCUGGCGGCGCCCGGGAGCAGCGGGAGAGGCGGGGCGGCAGGUGGAGGGGGCGGCUGGACGUCGCGGGAUCCCUCACCGCAGACGGGCGGUUCACUGCAGGAGGGAGCCGAGGGCGGCCAGGGCUGCGCAGAGGCCUGGGCUGAGCUUGGCUGGGCCGCGGCCGGCGGCUUCGGCGGCGGCGGCGGGGCCUGCACUGCUGGCGGAGGCGGCGGCGGUUACCAGGGUGGUGAUGCCUCAGAGUCUGACAUCCUCUGGGCCAAUGGGGAAGAUGGGGUCUCCUUCAUUCACCCCCACGGUGAACUCUACCUGCAGCCUCUGGCAGUCAUAGAGAGCCAUGGAGAGGUGGAGAUCCGACUGCACUUCAACUGCAAUCACUGCCCUUUGAAGGCCUGCCAGUGGCAGCCGGAGCCCCGGGUGGCUGUGUGCGUGUGCCCAGAGGGCAUGGAGCUGGCUGUGGAUAACAUCACCUGUGCAGAUCUGCCCACCCCCCCAGGCCCUCUGGUUUUGAUGGUGGCUGUGGUGGCAACCUCAACGCUGAGCCUCCUUCUGGUGUGUGGGGUCCUGAUUCUGGUGAACCAGAAGAAGUAUCAGGGCCCGUGGAGAAUGAGGCUGCCAGGCCCUGAGCUCGAGCUGAGCAAGCUUCGCACCUCAGCCGUCAGCACAGCCCCCAACCCCUACUACUGCCAUGUGGGGUUCAGCUCCGCCCAGGCCUGGCCUUUGCCCCCGGGGCUCACUGAGGUUUCGCCAGCCAACGUCACUUUGCUCAGAGCCCUAGGCCACGGGGCCUUUGGGGAGGUGUACGAGGGACUGGUAAUUGGCCUUCCUGGGGACCCCAGCCCCCUGCAGGUGGCUAUCAAGACCCUGCCAGAACUCUGCUCUCGUCAGGACGAGCUGGAUUUCCUCAUGGAGGCGCUCAUCAUCAGCAAGUUCAGCCAUCAGAACAUUGUGCGGUGUGUGGGGCUCAGCCUCCGCGCUGCCCCUCGCCUCAUUCUGCUGGAGCUGAUGUCUGGUGGGGACAUGAAGAGUUUCCUGAGGCACAGUCGGCCGCACCUGGACCAGCCAUCACCUCUGGCCAUGCAGGACCUGCUGCAGCUGGCCCAGGACAUUGCCCACGGCUGCCACUACCUGGAAGAAAAUCACUUCAUCCAUAGGGACAUUGCUGCCCGGAACUGCCUGCUGAGCUGCAGUGGGCCCAACCGAGUGGCCAAGAUCGGGGACUUCGGGAUGGCAAGGGAUAUUUACAGAGCCAGUUAUUACCGUAAGGGGGGCCGGGCCUUGCUGCCGGUUAAGUGGAUGCCCCCAGAGGCCUUCCUGGAGGGCGUCUUCACAUCCAAGACAGACUCCUGGUCCUUUGGGGUGCUGCUCUGGGAGAUCUUCUCACUGGGCUACAUGCCCUACCCUGGCCGCACCAACCAGGAGGUGCUGGACUUCGUCGUUGGCGGGGGCCGGAUGGACCCUCCCAGAGGCUGUCCAGGACCUGUGUACCGUAUCAUGACCCAGUGUUGGCAGCACCAGCCUGAACUCCGCCCUGGCUUUGCCAGCAUCUUGGACCAUCUUCAGUACUGCGUCCAGGACCCUGAUGUGCUGAAUUCACCCCUGCCAGUGGAGCUGGGGCCCACUCUGGAGGAGGAAGGGCCUUCUGGGCUAGAGAGCAGGUCUUUGGAGGGGCUAAGAUCCCUACAGCCCCAGGAACUGAGUCUGGAGAACUUGAAGAGCUGGGGAGAGAGCCCCUGUAGCCCCUGGCUACCCCCUGGCCUAAAGCCCCCCAAAUCAAGAAGCAUCCAACCUCAGAACCUUUGGAAUCCUACCUACGGCUCCCGGGUCCCCAGGGGCUCUGAGGGUGAAGACUCGGGCAUUGACAUGGCAGCAGGUAGCAACGGCUGCUCUCUGCACUCCUCCCCAGGCCUCUAG